AUGUAUUUCAAUUUUACGUUGAGGAAGAGAUAUUUUACAUUCUGGCACUACUGCCGCAUACCGUCUUACACACAAACAACCCGUCAACAAAUGGCUGCAGAUAGAAAGGCAUAUCUAGACCACCUGGCACGAUGGCUGGAUUAUGAGGAAGAGUCAAGCACUCCGCCUCCAGUAGUAGAUGGUACAGCCCUACCGCCGAAGAAGCCAAAUCAACCUAAGCCGCGCAAGCGCGUCGACUCGUUUGUGGACGAAGCGCGCCGGGAGAUCGCUCGUGAUGUUGCUAAGCGGAAUCAGAUGAACGGAGCUACGCUUUUGAAGUAUGAUGCUGACCUGGCUACGGUUUCGCGUAUGGAGAUUGUUGCUCCGCUGCCAUCAUAUGCGCGUGAUGAUGAGGACGAAGGAUUUGCCGAUGGUCCUUCGGAAGAACCUGGACUGAUGCGGACUAUGUCACAGAAAGUGAAAGACUUUCUGGGUAUCCCAAUCGCAUCGUAG